AGAAUAUAUAAUACAUCAAUAUAAUGGAACUUAAAAUAUACAAAAAGUUGGAGAUGUUUAAUUAAGUCCUGAAAUGACAUAAAGCAGCUGUCAGCUGGUCUGUUUGUAGAAAAUACCGCACAAAGAUUACUCUUUUCAGAGGAAGCGGUCAACAAUAACCAUUGUUUGGCUGUUUUUCUGCCAUACCGCUCAUUAGAAUUACCAAGCAAGUGUCUUCGGAACAUUUAAAGCAAUCCCCUUUAAGAAUUGCUGCCUUCGAUUGCAAUGGAGAACUGGUUCGUCAUUUCAGGCUGGUUACUUUCAGUUGCAACAGCAACAGGAAACGGCUUUGUAGUUUUUCUUGUCGCCAAAAAUCGCCGUCUUCAUUCAUCGGCCAACUGGUUCAUUCUUUCCUUGGCAGUGGCAGACUUUGGGGUCGGAAUCGCCGUUUUCCCAUCGAGUUAUUUUUGCUAUGACUCAAUGGCGUGUAACUUUAGUGUGUACAUGGCAUUCUUCUGGUUCUUCCUCCACUCUUCAGUCACAAAUCUUUGCACCUUGACUUGGGAUCGUUACAUCGCCAUCGUUCAUCCUUUCAGAUACCAUAACUCAAUGACAAAAAGACGCCCUAGAAUUGUUAUCUUAACAGCGUGGUUGAUUCCCUUGGCGAUUGCGCUGUCACUUUUGGUGGGAAUUUAUGCUACAGAGUCCAAAACUGUUCUGAAACUUUUAAGAGCAACAGGCGUCUCUGCUUUUGACAUCAUAAGCUCCGCGCUGCUCUUUUAUGCUGUUUUUCGUAUUUUAGCUGUGGCACGUACUAAAUCGCGUCAAGAAUCUGCGAUAGGACGACAGGUUGAGUCCAGCUCUGCCAGUUACACGUCAGCUGGAGCUGCACCUCCUCGCAGACGAAAGAAAUACAGCUCGGCUCCCUUGAUAAUUGCUUUAGUCGUGUUCUUCCUGGUAUGCUACUCAGUAGUAAAUUUCUUGGUUCUGUGCAAUACGUUUUCAUGCCUGGGGUCUGACAGCGCUAGCGCUACUGGGCAGAUCCUCAAUUUACUUCUGGUUCUGAACUCCGCGGUGAAUCCCUUGGUUUACGCGUUUUUAAACAGGGACAUCAGAAGGCAAAUUAAAUUGAUGUUUAUUUGUAUAGAGCAUUAAAGAGUCGGAACCAUAGCAUUGGGAUGAUGAUACUUUCUUGUAAACAUAUUUUUUCCUUUGCAUUUUCUCUUGACAGGGAAGAUAGUAUUUUUUCAGUUUCGACCGCUCAAGAUUUUAAGAACAUUUAAACCGCUAAUCAGUGGCUAUUAACACCCUUUUUCCGUUCGUCAUAUCGACGAAAUCAUAUUGUAAAAAAACAAGCCCGGAAAAAUACUUCAGGUAGAUUGAAUAGACAGUGGCUGUGAGUCUCUGAAAGCGUUUAGACAUUGUUAAACCCGACAGUUGUUGUUACACAUGUACUAAAGAAUAUAACGUUGUCUGAAUAAUAUAGAUCCGGAAUUUCAAUUUGUUUUGUUUUUUUUCUUUUUUUCACUCGUAAUAUAUUUUUUUUUACUCUGAACUUUUGUCACAUAUAAGUAAACUAAACUUCAUGUGGGUAAACAACGAAAUUGAGUUUAAACCUAAAACAAAUAUUAAAACAGAAAAAUAAUUAGAUCGUAGCAGAGGAAGUGUCCAGUUCACUCCGGACCCUUUAUCAAGGAUACUAACUUAUGAUUACACAUUUGAACAAGAUAUUAUGGUUUACCAGCAAUAGGUUUCUUUUCUUGUUUCUUCUUCCCAGCUUUGAUAAUCAACUUUCAAGUUAAAACAAUAAAAUUAUAAGGCACCCAUCUGGAUAAGUUAUUUUUAGCUUCAGAUGAUUCCCUGGGUAAGUCUUUUUUUCCUUUCCUCAUUGUAUUCCACACACACCACUACAAAUUAUAGUAGGUACAAUAACUUUUGCUCAUUAUCCAACAUCUGCUCUGUCUCAUGGUUUUAGUCAAAUCAUUUUAGUGGCUCUGUACGUGGAGUAAGUGCAUUAUUAUGUAGUUUUUGUUUUGGAUAAUCUGCAUACGACAUUUAGCCUCAACUCAUGCAGCCUAUAUAUAUAAUAAAUCAAUUUUGGUACGAGGAGAACAAACAAGGCGGAAACUGACUAAACACAUGCGUGAAGCUUCGGCUUUUACAUUGUACCAUUAGCAAGUCUUAACGACAUCGAAGAGCUUCCAGUACAUGUAAAUUUCCCGAUGUUUUGAUAAGGGCUAAACUCAAUAAAUAUUACCGUUGCGGGGUAACAACGUUUCUCGUGUGAAGCUAAUCACUGGCUAUUUACCGGUUGGCGCGUUGUGAUCACCAACAUAUUCAAGUACCACUCUUACUAAAACAAAAGCUCUAGACUUAAAAGCUUUCCAAAUCAUUUAAAUUGACUGGCGAUCACCACGGAAACCAUUGAUGAACACAUGCAUGUCCGAGGGUGUGGGGCAGGGGGCCGAAAAUGCCUCUUGCCUCUCCUCCCUCCCACUCAAAGCAAUGUACCAAUUUACAACCUUGCAUCUCAACAACAUAGCGUCAUCGCUGAAUU